AUGGCCGCCACAUUAAACAGCAGUAUUAGGAGAGGGAGGAGGCAGUCGCAAAGGUGGGCUCCUCGCACAGCGGGACACGGAACACCGCUGCCCACAGGAAAGUUUCAGUCGGAAAACUUUGGAAUACAAGAUGAAAAGGGAAAGGUAGGUUUUGGCUUCGGGAAGAGUUCUGGAACUCUGGACCGGGUUCCAGGCCCACGUCAGGAGGUCCGAGUGACAGAUGUGGACCCAGCGUCUGCUCCCUCUCCAGAGACCCACCACCGUAUGAUGCGACAUCACAAGUGCACUUUGAGGUCCGUGUGUGGGACGGAUGAGAGGACGCCACCAGCUUUUGUUUGCAGCUCAUAG